GUGUGUGUGUGUGUGUGUGUGUGUGUGUGUGUGUGUGUGUGUGUGUUUGUGUGUGGGUGGGUGAGUGUGUGUGUGUGUGUGUGUGUGUGUGUGUGUGUGUGUGUGUGUGUGUUUGGGUAUAAAUACAAAUAUAGAGAAGCACAACACAACAGAGCAGUUCUCAAUUUCACUUCACCUGUCUGCUCUCCACUGCUGCUCCACAUAAACAGAUCUUCAUUCUUCAUCUCUACAGCUGCAGGCUGAUCCUCUCCACGACCACGAUGAACAUCUCCGCUGGGGAAGCGUCAGACGGCUUCUUUAGGGGUCACUCCCACCAGGAGAACAUUCUAUUUUCCACAUUUUACAUCCUGAUUUUCAUCAUCGCCGUGCCUGGGAAUGCCCUGGCGCUGUGGGCCUUCUUCCACCAGAGCAGCUCGUCUCCGUCCAAAGUCUUCCUGCAGCACCUGUCUGUAGCGGACAUCUCGUACGUUCUCAUCUUACCCAUGCGCAUAGUUUACCAUCUCAUGGACAGCCACUGGCCUUUUGGACCUGUGGUCUGUCAACUGGCAGGCUUCCUCUUUUACCUGAACCUGUACUGCAGCAUGUACUUGAUGAGUUUCAUCAGCCUGGACAGAUUCGUCGCCGUGGUUCUCCCCUUAAAGUCACAGUCACUUAGGAAAGCUGUGUAUGCAAAGGUAGUGGUCGGCGUCCUUUGGGUGACAAUCAUUGUGUCUAUGAGUCCUUUACUUUUCUCUAAAAAGAAUGUGACUAAUAAUAACUCAACUGGCAUGUGCAGCCAACUGUACUUAGAGAGGACAUCGCACACGGCUUUGGCCUCGACCAUCGUGGCGUUCGUUCUUCCCCUCUCCACCAUCGUGGUCUCUUACUUCCUGAUUCUGCUGAAAUUGAGGACGGUCAGACAACAGGUAGAACGGCCGGUGAAAGACAAAGCCGUGAAAAUGAUCAUCCUCAUCUUGGUGAACUUCCUGCUGGCCUUCGUGCCCUACCACGUGAGCAGGGUCAUCUACAUAGAAAACUGCAGUCAGGGCCGCGUGGCCGAGGCGAGCAGCUGCAAGGCCCUUGGGAAGAUCAAUCGGAUCACAUCCGCGCUCACCUGCGUCGGUGGCGUUCUGGAUCCUGUGUUGUAUUUCUUUCUGAACCGUGCGUACAGGGACAAACUGCUUCAGCUGUUCUGCAAGGACAAGGUGGAUCAAUAAGAGACAUGUGAACAAUAAAUUAUUUAAAAAAGAAUGGUCUUGUUCUUUUUAUAUUACAGCUCAAAAUAUACCCGGGGUAUCCCACAAGUGAAUUCAUGUCCCAUGGAGAGAUUUUCCAGAAAGACUAAGAAGGAGAUAAGUCAGGUUGUAAGCUGUCAUAAUAUGUUGAAUGAUGAAUACAAAAAUAUUGCAGAAGCCCUUAAGGUUAUUUAAAACAAUGUUAUUUCAAGAACCCAGUGAGCACCAGACUUGAUUUCAACGUUGCAAAUCAGGUCGAAGUGGCCAAGAAGACUACCUGUCAACCGGGAUUAAGUGUCAUCAUGUGUAUCCCCCCCCUCUGUGAUCACUUUUAGGAACCUAAGGCUUCUUGAGGUGUAAAGACUUGACAGACUUUAAGUCUUGAGAACUGUGACAAAGCAUUAUGAGAUUAGACUCUUGAUAAAAGCUUCUGUUUUUCACCCUAACUUCAGAGGAAAAUGGAA